CGCUCAGCGUGAGAGCCACGCAGCGAUUCGCCGACGCCCCCGCCGAAAAGAAAGAAAGAAAGAAAGAAAGAGAGGGGGAGAGCAGCGAGCGAAAGAGAGAGGGCGAGAGAGGAGCCAGCAAUUAGACGCCUUUAGAAGCUCCAUAAUGCUAAUGGCGUUGACAGUGCUCAUCAUCCUCGCAGCGCGGCCACCGCAAUCGCAAUCGUUUCGUCACCGGGCACCGCUGAUAACCGUUAACCGUUAACCGCCGCCUUGCGACCGAGUCAAUCAUCAAUCGUCCAUCGUCCACCGGCCGUCGUCAAUCGCCGCCGUCAAUCGUCCAUCGAAGCGGUACGGUCACGCUCCAAUCGCCGCGUUGCCGCCGCUCCAGUUAUCCAGUUUAUCAAUGUCACGCCGACGGAUGCCAACCGCUGGAGCAUCGCAGAUACAGAUACAGAUACAACAACCGCAUAGCGUAGCCGUGGCCUAUGGCUAUCUGAUCUGAAAAACAGUGCGUGUGUGCUUAUCUGAUACCCAGUAACCAGUAACAAACAACCGACGUACCGAUCGUGUUUCCUAUAGCCCCAUCCCAUCCCAAAUAAUAGGAAAUCGAUCAAUACUCCCCUCUUUCCGUUUUCGAUUCUGAUCUAUUUUGGCUGUGUUUACCAUUGAUAAUGGGGAAAUUGUGUUUAUAACUCACAGAUUAUUAAACGUUCGAGUUUGAGAAAUUGGACAGUGUUUUGUUUGUUGGUUGCAUCGACUAAACCCCUACCAAAUGGUCACCUGCGGCCGGCAAACGUUCAACAUGCUGCCCAUGGCGCCGACGAGUCCUUUCGUGAGCAGCAGCUCCUCGGCGGCCGCGUCCUCGACUUCCGUUUCCGCCAGCACGGCCAGCGCUUCCGCCUCCGCGGGCAACAAGCCUAAGCUGGCCUUCAGCAUCGACUCGAUUGUGGGCGAAUCCUCGACGAGAUCGGCUCCCCUGAGGGUCAGUGUGAUAUCCUCGCCGGCGCCGCGCAGCGAGAGUCCCGCUUCGCCGACGAACACCAACAACAGUGGCCGGCGGACGCCCAGGGGAUACAUCUACUGCCGGAGGCGGGAUUCCCUGGACCGAUCGCGCAGUCCGCAGAGAUCGCCGGUCAGCCGGUCGCCAACGCCUCCGAAUGGCAAUCCUCCUGCAAAAUCAGGGGAUCCCCCGCCAACGGGAGCGGGCAAUCCGCCCAACCCAACCCUCAUCCGUCCGAUGCCCUUGCCGGCACCGAAUCUAGCUUUAAUCCAGAACCGCACCUCCCCGAACCCCAUGGCGGUGCGCAUGGCGGGUCCGCCCCACCCGCCGCCGCCCCCCUUCCUCGCCGCCCAGUUCCAAAUGGCUGCCGCCCUGGCCCACCACCACCAGCAGCAGCAGCAGCAACAGCAGCAGCAACUUCCGCCCGUGCCAACUGGACCGCCACAUGGUCCGCAUCCGCAUCUGCCGCCCGGCCAAAUGCCAAUGGGGAUCUUCCCGGGCGCCCCGCAUCCGGGACAUCCUCCGCCCCACGGCCACCACCCCUUCGGGAGCGCUCCUCAUCUGAUCCGCGACAGCUAUCCGCUGUAUCCGUGGCUGCUCAGUCGACACGGACGCAUUUUUCCACGCUUUCCAGGCAAUUUCCUGUUCCAGCCAUUCCGCAAGCCGAAGCGCGUUCGCACCGCCUUCUCGCCGACGCAGCUGCUCAAACUGGAGCACGCCUUCGAGGGGAACCACUACGUGGUGGGGGCGGAGCGCAAGCAGUUGGCCCAGGGCCUCAGCCUGACCGAAACCCAGGUGAAAGUGUGGUUCCAGAACCGCCGCACCAAGCACAAGCGGAUGCAGCAGGAGGGCGGCGACGGGAGCGACACCAAGAGCAACAAGGGCAGCUCCUCGGGAGGCGGAGGAGGUGGCGACGGCGAGGACGAUGGCAAGCUCGAUGGAUCGCAGCACAGCUACGAGGAUGCAGAGGAUCCCGAGGAGGACGAGGAGAUCGAGGAGGACGACGAGGACGAGGUGAUCGACAUGGAUGACUAUGGCAGCGAAAUGGAUGCGGAGGAGCACCAGCGACUGAGAGAGCAGUUCCAGCAACAGUUGGCCCAGCACCAGCAGCAGUUCCUCCAGCAGAAUCCUUCGGAUGUGGCGGCCACCUUGAGUCCGCAGCAGCAGCAUCAGUUGCUGCAGCAGCACCAGCAACACCUGCAGCAGCAACACCAGCAGCAGCAGCAACACUUCCUCCAGCAGCAGCAACUCUAUCUGCGGGAAAGGGAGCGGGAGCGGGAGCGGGAAAAGUCCCGUGAAAGGGAAAGGGAGCGGGAAAAGUAGUGACCAAUAGUUGCUAAACUCGGCUUACUCGGCUAUUUUGUGUUCCUUUAAUUUCCUGUAAAUUAUUUGUCAACUGUAUAGCUUAAUUUAAAUUGUUUACUACUUAAAAUACAAAUAACAAAGCCAAUAAAUAAAAGAAGGAAAUCAUAU